GCCCGAAAUAAUAUUAACCAUAAAAAUGAGAUAAAUUUCUCGUAAAAUGACAGAGGAGAUCGUGAAAACGAUUCUCCAGUCAUAUUUUGUGGAAACGUUUAGAAGUGGGAAGAAAUUGUGCGCGAAUCCGGCGAAUUUUAGGAGAAGACGAGAGAGCCUGUGUGAUUGUGACAAACAUGAGAUCAUGGUCGGCGAACGUGUGGACAGUGCUCAAACAUUCGAGAUUAAAACGACCCAAAAAGGCAUAAGAAACUUAAAAGUAUCAGUGUUGUUAUCAUUCCUCGUCUUCUAUGUGUGUGUAGUAAAUGUAAUAACAGUGUGUGAUGUUAGUAUUAAUGGUAGUGUGCAUACCAACAAAUUUAAAAACAAUUUCAAUGGAAAUGAUUUGAUCGCCAUCAAACUACGGAAUGCUAACAAAGUUACCAAGGAUGUACAAAACGACGAUACGCUUAAUAAAUACGUUAGUUCCAAUAAAUACAAACUGAAGGAUUAUUAUUCGAAUAUGACAAUAGGUCCUGAUGCUAUCGGACUUAAAAAACAUACCUACGAUAUGUCAUGCGCUGUUGGAUUUCCUCACGAUUUGGCAUCAAAGCCAUUCUGUGUGAAAGAAACUAACUUCAACCUGAGACCAGAAAUGCAUCAAUUUCAUGAGAAAAUUGUGAAAUUGGGUGUUCUAUUGCCUGCUGAUCCAGGGGAUAUGUUUUCGUUGGCCAAAGUGCUACCGAUAGUAGAAAUGGCCAUACCAGCGUUGACUAAAGAAGAUGGACCAUUACCUGGCUGGAAAAUAUUAGUGGAUUACCGAGAUACCAGAUGCUCUUCAGUAGAUGGACCCCUUGCAGCUUUCGAGUUUUACGUCAACGGAUCAGCUGAUGCGUUCAUUGGUCCUGGAUGUGAAUAUGUGAUAGCGCCAGUGGCGAGAUACGCUGGUCUAUGGCGGAUACCUGUCAUCACGGCCGGUGCUCAAGCCGAGGCCUUCACAUACAAGCAUCCCACUUACAUGACUCUAACUAGAAUGAUGGGGAGCUACACACAAGCUGGUGUCGCCAUUCGGAAGAUAUUCGAGGAAUUCAAGUGGCGUAAAAUCGGCAUGCUCUACCACAAUCACGUGAUGUCAGCUGGCAAAGGAAACAGCCCGUGUUUCUUGACUUUGAGCGCGAUCUUCACGGUGCUCGGGCGGAAAGCGUACCCCCCACCGAUAUCCUUCGAUGAAACGAAUUACACUACCUCAUUGCUUAAGGAACACCUCCAAGCCCUAUCCUUGGCGUCUAGAAUCGUGGUUGUAUGUGCGAGUCCCAACACUGUGAGAGAAAUAAUGCUGGCCGCAGACGACUUGAACAUGGUCUCAUCGGGGGAAUAUGUCUUCUUCAAUAUAGAAUUGUUUUCAAACUUGGCGUCAGCAUCCUCAAAGGAGCCAUGGAAGGUGGAAGGUGAUACUGAUGAAAGAAAUGAGCGAGCGAGACGGGCGUAUAGCGCUGUUCUUACCGUCACCAGCCCGGCACCUGAGAAGAAGGAAUAUUUAGAGUUUUCUGACAAGGUCAAAGACCUUGCCGCUACGAAGUAUAACUACACUUUCGGCAAAGGCGAGGUUGUGUCUACGUUCGUAGCUGCGUUCUACGACGCAGUGCUGCUCUACGCGUUUGCGCUCAACGACACUCUACGCCAGGCGGCUGACCCCCGGGGUCAGCUAGAUGGCGCUGCGGUCAUUAGAAACAUGUGGAAUCGAACGUUUCAAGGAAUAACUGGAGAGGUGAUAAUAAACGAAAAUGGAGAUCGUGUGGCCUCAUACUCAUUACUAGAUAUGAAUCCUACAACAAGCGAAUUCGAGGUGGUAGCGACGUAUAUAGCAGCGAACUCGUCCCUUCAAUUCGUUGAGAACCGACCCAUCCACUGGGCGGGCGGGCGGACCACCCCACCCCCUGACACGCCGCGCUGUGGUUUCGACGGUUCACUCUGUCCCGACAAUUCGCUGCCCGUAUAUGCCAUCCUGUCUAUCGUACUAAGCUCUGUGGUCGUAAUCUUGGCAAUACUCUCUAUGUUUAUUUAUAGACACUAUAAAUUAGAGGCAGAAAUAGCCAUGAUGACGUGGCGCGUGAGCUGGAGCGACGUGCUGAUACCCGGAGGGAGGCUCAGGGGUAGCUUGCACUCUCUCAUUCGAAGGUAUAGCUCUGGGACCGCUUACUCGGACGAAGCUAUAUCUCUCGCUGGCGACCGACAAAUAUACGCUCCAUGCGCAUUCUAUAAAGGCUGCCGGGUUGCUAUCAAGAAAGUUGAUAAACAGCGUAUAGACCUCACCCGGCCCUUACUACUGGAGCUGAAAAAGAUGAAAGAUCUGGAACACGACCAUUUAGCAAGAUUUUUCGGGGCGUGCGUGGAUCCACCGCAUUGUUGUAUACUUACUGAAUACUGCCCUAAAGGUUCCUUGCAAGAUAUCCUGGAAAAUGAUACGAUUAAACUCGAUUGGAUGUUCAAAGUCAGUUUAAUGCACGAUAUUGUGAGGGGCAUGCAUUAUCUGCACGGGACAGAUAUAAGAUCUCACGGAGCGCUGAAGUCUAGUAACUGCGUGGUGGAUUCUAGAUUCGUUUUGAAAAUCACAGAUUUCGGCCUGAACGCUUUGAGGGUGUCCGAAAAAGACGCAAGAGCUCACAGCUAUUGGACACGUCUCCUUUGGACCUCCCCUGAACUUCUUCGCACUGCAUCUCCUCCCCCAGAGGGCACGCAGAAAGGAGACGUGUACUCUUUCGCUAUCAUCAUGCACGAGAUUGUCAAUCGGCAAGGAGUUUUCUGGCUCGGACCUGGCAUUGAAAUGUCGCCAAAAGAAAUCAUAGAAGCCGUAAUAAGCAGCGGCAUCCGGCCCAACACCACCCACCACAGAUCGUGCGAGGCUGACGACGCGACGGAACUCAUGCGCCGCUGCUGGGCGGAGGACCCCGCUGAGAGGCCGGACUUCGCACACUUGAAGCACGCUAUACGACGGCUUAAUAAGUCACAAGAGAGCAGUAACAUUCUGGACAAUUUGCUGUCUCGUAUGGAGCAAUACGCCAAUAACUUGGAGUCACUGGUUAGCGAGAGGACGCAAGAUUAUUUGGAGGAGAAGAAAAAGUGCGAAGAGCUGUUGUAUCAGUUAUUGCCAAAGUCGGUAGCAUCCCAGCUGAUAAACGGCCAAUCAGUUGUGGCGGAAACGUUCGAGCAAGUGACCAUAUACUUCUCAGAUAUCGUGGGUUUCACUGCGCUUUCAGCGUCUUCCACGCCGAUGCAAGUGGUCGAUCUUCUGAACGACUUGUAUACGUGCUUCGAUUCUAUUGUCGAGAACUACGAUGUUUAUAAGGUGGAAACCAUAGGCGACGCAUACAUGGUAGUAUCUGGUCUGCCUGAACGGAACGGUACUCGGCACGCGUGCGAAGUGGCGCGGAUGGCACUAGCUUUGCUGGACGCCGUCCGUCGCUUCAGAAUCCGACAUCGGCCGCAGGAUCAAUUGAAACUGAGAAUCGGCUUGCAUUCCGGCCCCUGCGUAGCUGGUGUGGUUGGUUUGAAGAUGCCCAGAUACUGUCUCUUCGGAGACACAGUUAACACCGCAUCCAGAAUGGAGUCGAAUGGUGAAGCUCUGAAGAUCCACGUGUCUCCCACCACCAAAGCACUGUUGGAUACAUUUGGGACGUUCAGGCUGGAAUGUAGGGGGGAAGUUGCUAUGAAGGGCAAGGGUAUUCUAGUCACGUAUUGGUUGUUGGGCGAAGUCGAGACCGCGCCUAAGGAAAAACCUUUAGUUAAAUUACAAACGCAAUCGAUCAACAGCGGAUCUCUAUCGCAUUUAAGCCCGUUUCGACAGAAAUUGGACAACAGUUCCAGAUCGUCCAGUCGACGGGGCUCUGGAAUAAUCCAGCAGAAGACUGACCUUACGAAAUUGGAGAAGGACGCGCAACCGUUGCUGCAAGUUGUCAAAAUGCAAAGGCAACUCUCGGAUCCAACGGAACCCGUAACAAAUGGGGACCACAAUGAGGACUCGGACAAAUUCAGCGUCACAAACUCCAUAUCCCUGAACGUGAAUUCGUUAAACCAUAAUACGGUGAAUCAAAACAGUCAUCCAAAAGUGAAACUCAAGGAAAGCCAGUUGAAUUCGAUCAACCAUUUGUCGAAGAUGGGUAAUAAUAACUGGUUGCCAAAAUUGGCCUCGGCUAAUUCGUUUGACAGCGGGAAGAAGGGGAACCAGUGUCUCAAGGACUACAGCAGUGUCCCUUUACUGUCCAAAAUGGAUAAGCCCAAUGAUUCGGUUGUGUGAGUGAAUAUAAAUUGCCUGAGGAUUUGUGAGUUAAGACUUUCAAUAUGUAUAUUUAGUUAGUGUGACAUGUGUUAGAGACGAUCGCCCUCUACCUAGACGUAGUUAGUGUACUGAGUUUUGGGAAGUAGAAAUGUGCGAGGGAGACAGAGCUAUAGCUCUCACUUACGCUGUAGAAACAAAUGACCGUAGCGUUUCGUUCUAGCAUAUAUCUCAGUCUGUUUUUUACGUCUAAAAUGCUUUGAAUAACAGUGACAUCUGUAUAGAUUUUAGCUUGUAACGUGUUAGUGAUGUUGACGAAAAAAAAAAAUGGUAACUUACCAUGACAUACAGGAAAUUGAAUAAUGGCGUUGUGUUGACUUAUUUUGUAAUAGUUGUAAUUGUAAUAGGAAUAAAAUUGUAAAUACAUUUUUAGUCAUUCUUCAACUAGGAUACAUUAUAAGGCAUUAUUGUCUGGUCUAAUUAAAUAGUAGUCAGUGUGUAUUAGUAAUUAUACUGUUAUUAUCUAGAUUAAAUGGAUGUAAAUAUGUUUGACGAAAUUGUUAUUUUUUUAAGUGUUUAAAUUUUGAAAUUGUUCCGUCGUGGUAGACAAAACUAUGGCUAGCAACAUACUUAUUUCAACAAUACAGUUGAUUUUGAAAAGACCCCUUUAAUUUCAUCUAAAUCGGUGCUGCGGUUAAAUUGUGAAACUGACGGACAGACUUUCUGAUUUAUAAUACAAGUAUGGAUAUUGGAGCCUUGGCCCAAUAAAAUCAGUGUUCUUAUAACUAUUUGCUUAUAACAUUAUCGUAAGAUAAGUAAUGUAGCGUGGGGUCCCAUUAUGGGGUAUGAUUAUUUUUGACUUCACCAGUAAAUAAUUAAAUCUUUAUUUAAAUGUUGAAUUAGAAAAACUGUAUUUGCAGAAACUAAAGCCUGUCUCAAAAACUGUGUUACAAGGCUUAGAACCCCUAAUCCCUCUAGAGUAAAACUUAAGAACGAUGAAUCAAUAUUUUCGUUAACCACUGAACCAAGGAGGUGGUAGCAUAGAUGAAUAAAUAACAUGAAAAUUGCAAAAAUACAAAUGGCUGUUCAUUUUAAAUUAGAUUUACAUUCGGAAGUUUUCCUUUGUGACAAUGAGAAAUGUCAACGUAAAAAAUGGUAUAUCAUGGCUUCGUGAAUACAAACAAAACAGAUGCACGUGUUUCAUAAUUGAAAAAGUAAACAAAUAUUGUUUAUC